AUGGAUGCUUACUCCGGGUAUAAUCAAAUUAUGAUGUACGAUGAUGACAAGGUGAAGACCUCUUUCAUCAUCGAAAGAGGGACCUACUGCUACAAGGUCAUGCCCUUUGGGCUGAAGAAUGCCGGAGCAACCUACCAAAGGCUUGUGAAUAAAAUUUUUAAGAAGCAGAUCGGCAGAACCAUGGAGGUGUACGUGGACAUUAUGCUGGUUAAAGCCCCCAAACGGGCAAACGACCUCAAAAACCUCACUGAGGCGUUCAGCCGGCUCCGCCAAUAUCACAUGAAGUUGAAUCCAAGUAAAUGCAAGUUCGGUGUAUCAUCUGGCCAGUUCCUGGGGUACUUAGUGACGCAACGAGGUAUCGAGGCACACCCGCGCCAAAUCAAAGCCAUUCUCGAGAUGAUGUCGCCUUCCACAGUGAAGGAAAUACAAAGCCUGAUGGGCAGAGCAGCGGCCCUCAACAGAUUGCUCUCAAAAUCUUCCAACAAGUGCAGAUCAUUUUUUAAAGCUUUAAAGAAGGGACAAAAAGACAAAUGGGACGAAGAGUGCGAAGUAGCUUUCCAGAAUCUAAAGACCUGCCUCACUUCACCUCCCCUGCUCUCAAAGCCAGUUCCUGGAGAAGACUUGUUCGUGUACCUGGCAGUGUCUAACUCGGCCGUCAGCUCAGCUCCCAUCCGAGAAGAACUUGGGGCCCAACAUCCUAUAUUCUACACGUCAAAAGCUCUCCUCGAUGCAGAGACUCGCUACCCGAAAUUGGAGAAGCUCAUUUUGGCCCUUGUAGUUUCUGCGAGAGAGCUGCGACCUUAUUACCAAGCUCACCGAGUCAUCGUCAUGACCAACUUUCCUUUGAGAUCAAUCCUCCACAGCCCUGAUGCUUCUCAGUGA